AUGACAGAGAGUCUGUAUUUUAUUGGACUUGGCGAGAAUGAAGCUGAACGACCCCGUUUUCGUUUACCUAUAGAGACGAUAUGUCAUCUCUAUAUGGUUUUGUUGCAACAAAAACGAUUUCAGUCUUCAUUUUCCAGUCGACUACCCCUUCUGUUUUCCUCUCAAGCUUCGGCGAUCCCAGCAUUCUACUUCAUCGGCCAGCUAAAAGGUAAGGUUUUGGUCCUUGAUUUCUUCUUAAUUAGUAAGAGCUUGAGUUUUUAUUCCGAUUUUGGGGGAUUUGUUUCCGGUUUUGGAGCCCUAAAACACUAUCGCCGGCCGGACAAGAACGGUGAACACCGCCAUAGAAAACGAUUUCCGGUGAUAUACCUAUCUUCACCACCGAUUUUAAGGUUUUGUUUUCUUGUUUCUUAUUGUACUUUUCCAGAUGCUUUUGAUAAUGAGAAGUUACUCUCAGUUGUGGAGAUGUUAAAGCAGUGGAAAGCAGUGGAUAUUCCAAAAUAUGACUUCAGAAGUUACAAGAACAACAUCUCUCGAAGGGUUAGUUAG